CGAGCAUGCCGGGCCGUCACGGAGAUCGCUCUCUGUCAAAAGCCUGUCGUCAUGAGUAUGGCCACUCGCUUGAUCGAUCACUGAUGCUGACCAUGCAGGUCGUUGAGGCUCGCAUGAUCGUCGAACCGAUGACGAGUGAACGCCUUUGCGGUGCGUGACGAGUCGCGAAUGCACGCCAUGAGCAGCACGCCCGACGAUGUCAUCAUGAUCAGCGAGCCAUGUCGACGCUGCAGGCAACGAUCAAGCCCUCCAGCGAAUGGGAUGACAUAGACAGAGCUAUCAAUGCUCUCUUGAGCCCCUCACCUGAGCCUGCACCCGCAGCAAAGUCGAUCAGAAAGAGAGUCGCCAAAGCAGAGAGCGCUCAGCCUUCCGUGCAGCCACCUGCGGACGCUAGCCCCUCAGAUGCAGCUCGAGAUGCUCAGAGCAUUGCGCGCGAUACGACGCAGCGCAAGCCGGGCAUACGCUUGCCCAAUCGUCCUCAACCGAGACCGCAAGCUCGAGCCAAGGGCGCGAUCGUACAAGAGAUGAUCUUUGGCUCAAAGACGGACGAACAGCUAUGGGCAGAGAGCAUCCGUGCCUCUGCUGACGAUCAUACGCUCACCGUCGAGCCCUUGCUCAGCCUCGAGCUGCCACUGUCACUGGACCUGAACUUCAAUUCUUGCAAUAAGCUCAAGUGGAGCUCAGAUGGCCUUCAGCUCGGCUUCUUGGAUCACGCCAAUUUGCACAUCUUGACACCCUCUUGGACUUUCUCCUCCGCUCAGCGUCGGCAUGCACAGCCGGUGCGUGCCAGAGCACCGCCGGGUGUUAUAGCAUUACGCGCCCGCAAAGCAUCCGAAACGAUGCUCCAUAAAGGGACCAAGCGACAACGGACCUUGGCAUCAGACUCAAUACAGGUCUCACUCGAUGCGGAUCACCACUUCCACGUGAUUCUACCCAUGCCUGAUCCUCCUCGCGAGUGGCCGGCCAGCUCGGUGGAUGCUCCCCCGCUAGGCUGUCCAGGAACGCUCGGUCACCUCUGGGUGGAUUUCGCCUGGAGCCCUAGUGGUAUCGGACAGCUCGCUAGCAAUGCCGUCGCGCUGCUUUCCAAUAAUGGUGAAGUAUGCAUUUACCAGCCGCUAUCACGAUCUCACAAUGCUCAAUGGACCGAUACAUGCGAUCUCACGGACAUAUUGCUUGGUGAACAUAUCACAACGAGUCCUGCAGAUGCAGCCGCGCAGAGCAACUCGACACAAAGUCUUGCUUGGUCUGAAAACACGCACAAUCCUGCAACGCUCGAAACUUACUCGCUCCUCGCGCUAGGCCACCGGGCAGGCCAGCUUACGCUCUGGAGGCUUGGCGAGGAUGCAAGGCCGUGUCUUGAGCAGCGCGUGCACAUUCGCGACAGCGCUUGGAUAACAUUUCUCAGUUGGCAAGCAUGGCGAGUAGAUGCAGAUCUAGAGCAGAGCAACAUCAAGCUGGCGUGGAUUUCCUCCGAUGACGAGGUCGGCUUGCUCACGGUCACCAGCGAGCAACAGGUAUCCUCGACACCGAAACACAUCGUCGAGAUCGUCAUGCUAGUCACUUUGACUGAGGUACCGACAUCGCUUCGUUGGUGCCACGACCAGCUCGCUGUCACUAUGUGCAGUGUGGCGGAGCUCAUUGCCAUCGCCAAUGGCAAGACAGCUGGCGCUACGACCAGGCAAGUCCCUCUGCUUCGAAAUACAGAGGGACGGAUCCAUUCGGCGUUUUCGCCCUGCUGCGCUGCCGUCCCUUCGCAAGAAAAGCUCCUGAUCGUCGCUGUAGACUCGGGGUUUCAGCAGGUUGAUCUAAGGAGCGCAAGCGGAGACGUCAUUCAUAACGGUCCGACUGUCAAUGUACACGAAAGUGCCACGGUGACCCGAACCCACCGCCAUUUCUUCGCUGGAUUGAGCAUCUUCGACAACACUUUACCUCGGAUGCGCGCUCGUACGAUCGGCUAUGACGUGUGCAGCGGCGGUAGCCUCGAGGCGUGGGCGUACAAGAAUGAGUCGAUCGCAAAGAUGAUCAAUAAGACGCGUGCGAAUCCGGUUGCAACGCUCGUUGUCCUGCCCCAAGCGACACAAUCCUUCCAUACGCUAGUUGCGCACUUUCUGGAGGCGUCAUGUGCUACAUCUCCGCUGACCGGAGCAAGCUCGAGCGCGAUUGCGAGUCCGUUGCUCGCCUUUCUCAAGUUGCAUGUCCUGGACGAUCAUAUCAUGAAGUCACUGGACACUGUGGCCGCGCAGAUCGUAGACCCGCCUCUCGACGAUCGCAAGUUGCCGGAGACGCCUGCACAUGGCAUACGCGAGGCUCUGUGGACGUCGCUUGAGCUACAACGCAUUCGCUGCACUCUACUCCUUUUCACCUGUCUUCAAGUGGGCGGUACCGCCAUCUACUUUGAGCGAGUUGCAGACUUCCUCAACACUGCCCGGACUGUCUCAUACAGGUCUAUCAUCGCCGUGCUUUCUCACCUUUUGCAACACUACGAUGCUCAAGAUGACGAGAGUCGCGCGAUGCUGCGACGGAUUCAAAGGAGUGCGCACGCUUCGGAUGCUUCUACAGAACGUGACGAAGGCCUCUCAUGUCUUGCGUGUUCGCAACCUCUCAGAGCGGAAGGCAGAUGGGUUCUACAGUGCGCAAACGGACAUCUAUGGGAUCGUUGCUCAGUCACGUUCAGCGCGAUCGGCUUCGAGCCGGCGCGGACCUGUUGCUCAUGCGGCGUCAAGUCCCUCACACCCCACGCAACCGAUACGACGAUCGCCAACGUCCUGCUGGCGGCCUCGCGAUGGUGUCUCUACUGCGGAGGACAGUGGGCAUACUAGCAUUCUGGUGAUCUGUACAUGAGAUUCGUGUUGUUGUGCCUAGCCGUCUUGUUC